ACUUCCUCUCUCUUUCCUACUUUCGUGUUUCUUCAAUCAUCAUCGAAUAAGACGACAACAUGGCUGAAGACUCAGACACAGAUUCUGAUUCCCAAGUCCAGAGCAGCCCCGAUACAGGAUUUCAUUCGGGACGGCAAUCCCCCGAGGACAAGAGUGGCAGCACUCCAUGUCCUGCUGGAUCAGAUGCAUGCACUCUCCAAUCGAAUUUUCGGCGUGGAUCAUAAUGAAAUCGAUAUCGCAUAUGCGGAGGAGAUGCAAGCAGCAUACAAAUCCUACGAGGUAGUUUGUGAGACAAACGCCAACUGGGAGCAACAGAUCACCCUGCUCGAGGAGUAGCUCGAUCUCUUUGAGGACAACAUCGGAGCGAUGUUGUCCAAAAUCAAGCAGAUCAUUGAUCACCAAACUCGCCCUCCAAAUGCUUUGUUAUCUCAGGCGUAUGCUAUCAUACAAGCUGAUGCUGACUCACUUGACGGGGCUCGAGACCUGCAUCCCGACCUGAAAGCCAUACUGUUCAAUGCCGAAGCGGCAAAAUUCGAGCUUAAAAUCACUCGAUUGAACUCUGAGAUUGACACACUCAAGCAGAAGCUACAUGUACAGUCCACCAAGGGUGUUCAGACUGUUUCAGAAAUUGAGGCUCGUGUCAAUCGUCGUAAUCAAACAAUUGCGCACCUGCAGUCACGUAUCACGACUCUUGCGACCGCAUCGAAGAAUGCCAAUACCGACCUCGAGAACUCGAAGCGAGACUCAAAGGAGAAGGUCGUCGAGAUUAGCAAGUUGAAGGAAUUUGGAGCUGCUACCGAAAAAAGCUUGUCCACCCUACGCGUCGAGCACGAUGAGCUGAGAACUAAAGCAUCUGAGGACAGGGCAGCCCUGGAACUGAAGACCGCUGAACUCAAUACGCGCAAUGCAUCUCUCACUGACGAGCAAGCGAGGGUUGGGCGACGCAAUGCGACCAUUCGUGCUUUGCAUUCAGACAAAAGAGACCUGAUGAGGCUUGCGGACAAGGUCCCAUCGCUAGAAAGCAAACUUACAACUGUCGAAUCUGAUUUCAAGGAAACAAAGGAACAGCUUGUUGACCUGCAGGCAAACUUACGAGAGCAAGAGGAUAGAAAUGUAGAUCUCGAGCAGAGAAUUGCCGACUUCGAACAGGAGUCAUCUGAGGCGAAUGACGAGAUUGAGAAGCUCAAUGGUCAGAUCGAUGAUCUGACGGAGCAACUCCGAGUCGCAGUCGCAGAUCUCGGACAACUCAAGCGAGAUUCUGGCAAGGAAGCUAUUGAUCUCAAGGAGAAGCUGAACGCUGAGUCCAGGAAAAACGAAACUCUGGACAACGAGGUUGCCAGAUUGGACAAGAAGCUAAAGGAUGAUGUCGCUGCCCAUGCCAGUGCAACGUCAACCUUCACCGACAGAAUCACAGAUCUGGAACAGACUGUGUCUAAUUUGACAUUGGAGAAGAAUAGAUUCCGUGACUCCUGCGAGGAACUUCAGAAGAACCUCAAAGAAUCACGAGCUCUAUGCCAACUUCAGCGUUACAAAGCAUGGGAUCUCAAAGGGGACCUCAUCUGCGAGAGAGCGGCUGCGACAUACCUCCGAUCUCGCUUCGAUCAAACGACAUCUUCAUUGGAAUCAAUCACUUUGAAGUUGUCAUUCUGGUGCUUCGUUCGGAUGGGUACAAUACAACACUCCAAUCUUUCAAAAUCUAAUUGACGGAAUUCAUAUCUCUGUGGGGCCCUGAUCUCGCAAGAUAUAACCCUCAUUCCAGUCGAACGUUGGGCAUCGAAUGUCGAUUUCGUCUCCGACAUCAAGCUUUUCAAAAAUCCUACAAAUGGUUUUGACACCUACGCCAACUAUGCAGUCUUUCUUUGCGCUAAGUGUGUUACAUAUCUCAAGAAUUGUGAAGGAGGAGCUCGAGAAACAGCUGUGACCCGCUGGACAGAGCUCCUCGAUCUGCUCGACGAUUGGUAUACACAAAGGACAGACGAGAUGAGACCGAUCCUCACAAUACCCGCCGUUCAAGGCGAGGAGCAUUCACCAUUCCCUACUGUACUAUAUGGAAACGGACCAGCAGGUUAG